AUGUGGUACCACAUUUCCGACGCCAACGAGUAUCUCGUUGUCACGGGUGCUGGUGUCGACGAUGUUCGCAUCGUCAAGAAGGCUUUCAUCUAUCCAUGGCAACGCGUUGCCCGCAUCUCCGUCUCCCCCUUCGACUUCUCCCUCAACCUGCAAGCCAUGACGAUCGAAAAGCUUCAGUUUGCCCUGCCCGCCGUGUUCACCAUCGGCCCCGAUAACAAACCCGAAGCACUGAAAAAGUAUGCUUUGCUCCUCAGCGGCAAUCCCGACGGGACAGCCGUCCACGCAAAUAAGCCUGGCAGAGCUAUCACACCGACCCAGCGACAUCACGUCCAGGACAUCGUCAAGGGUAUCAUCGAGGGCGAGACGCGUGUUAUCGUCUCCAGUAUGACCAUGGAAGAAAUUUUCAAGGAGCGCCAAGUCUUCAAGCAAAAGGUCAUUGAGAACGUCCAGAAUGAACUCGACCAGUUUGGUCUACGCAUCUACAACGCCAACGUCAAGGAACUCCAGGAUACUCCCGGCUCCGAGUACUUUGCCUUUCUCUCGCGAAAAGCCCACGAAGGCGCGUCCAACCAAGCACGUAUCGACGUCGCCGAGGCUCGCAUGCGAGGUGAAGUCGGUGAAGCCGGAAGAAAGGGGCAAACGAAGCAAGAGAUCUCCAAGAUCGAGGCAGAAACAGCCGUUCUUGAGACCAAGCGGAAAGCCGAGAAGGCGCAGGCCGAUGCCGAGCUCACGAACCGCCAGACAGAACUCGACAUGGGCAUCCAAAUGGCCCAAAUCCAAGCUCGCAGAGCCGCCGAGUCCCGUGACGCGGAACUUCAAAAGGACGUGGAAACCAAAAAAGCAGCCACCGAGCUCGAGCGGCUGCGUGCCAAAGACCUCGUCCGGGCCCAAAUCGCCCGAGAGACGGCCCAACAAGAAGCCGACGCCGAACAGUACAGACAGCUCAAGGUCGCCGACGCCAAGGCGUACGCCGAGAAGCAGGACGCCGAAGCCCAGCUCUUCAAGCAGCAAAAGCAGAUCCAGGCCAGUGUGGAGCGGCAAACCAAGGAAGCCGACGCCAUGUACCACGCCAAGAUGCGCGAGGCGGAAGCCACGCAGGCGCAGGCGCAGGCGUACAAGGCCCUCGCCGAGGCGUUUGGCGGACCGCAAGGCCUGCUCCAGUACAUGAUGCUCAAGGAGAACACGUUUGAGAAACUCGCCUCCGCCAACGCAAAGGCCAUCCAGGGGCUCCAACCGAAGAUCACGGUCUGGAACACCGGUGCCGACGGCGGCGACGGCGUCGGGAUGAACCAAGGCAUCGCCCCGAUCAAGAACAUCAUGCAGUCGCUGCCUCCGUUGCUGUCGACGGUCCAAGAACAGACGGGCAUCGCCCUGCCGAGCUGGAUGAUGCAGAUGCCUGUGCCUCCAAAGGAGGCACCCCAUCAGAUGAACGGCCACCUGGAGGGAUCCGACAAGAAGAAGAUGCUCAAGCAGUAA